AUGGCUGCGCCAUCUCCAGAUCCCAUUAUGGACCUCGUCCCCCCUAUGAAACAGGAAGAAGGAGAAGAAGAAGAUGCAAAUGAUGCACCAGCACCAGAAUCCAAGCUUCCAACCAAAAAAGAUAUCUCACUUAAAGAGUUCCUUGGAAAGAUGGAUGAUUAUGCUCCAAUUAUUCCUGAUGCAGUGACAAAUUAUUACCUCACAAAAGCUGGUCUUCCACCCCCACCACAAACAGAUGCGCGUUUAGCCCGUCUACUUGCUCUUGCGACCCAAAAGUUCAUCGCUGAUAUCGCAGCCGAUGCUUAUCAAUAUUCCCGCAUUCGUUCGUCAAAUUCCUCGAGUGCCAAUAAUCCUAUGGGAAACUUGGGCGCUGCGGCUGGUUUCCCCAUUCCGGGUCAGCAACCCGCUGGCGCGACAGGAGGCAAGGACCAACAGGGACGUGGAGGACCUCUCGGUAUUCAGAGACCUGGGUAUGGUGGUGGCGGACAGGGAGGUAGUCAAAACCGAACGAUUCUCACCAUGGAGGACUUAGGUAUGGCUGUGGGAGAAUAUGGCGUUAAUGUAAAGCGCGGGGAAUUCUAUCGCUAA